AUGCUACCCCCGCUACCUCGACUCGUGGAUUACGACAUUUCUCCUAAGAAUGGCUUCCUGCCAUCCGAGAUUCCUCUCGAACUUCUACCCGAUUCGUACUACGGCCCAUGGGAGACUAUCGUUCGGAAUUUUCAAAGCUUAAUUCUCAGUAAGAGGCUAAGAGGUAUAGUCGAUGCACUUCCUAUCCUGUCGACCGAGUUCCUCCUCACCGAAGCGGAAUGGAGGCGAGCGUACUCAAUCCUGGGUUUCAUAGCUCAUGCUUAUGUUUGGGGAGGUGAUACACCCUCCGAUAUAGUACCUCCCCCGGUAUCAAUACCCUUCCUGCAGACGUGCCAACACCUCGAGCUUCCUUCGGUGGCGACUUAUGCAGGCACAGCCCUAUGGAAUUGGCGCCCGAUCUUCACUGGCGAGCCAAUCGAUACACUCGAAAAUCUGUCCACACUCAUGACAUUCACUGGAUCACUCGACGAGUCCUGGUUUUACAUGAUCUCAGUGGCAAUUGAAGCAAGAGCUGGUCCUAUUGUGCCCCUGAUGAUUGAGGCAAUUGCAGCAGUGAGACGAAAUGACUUUCACACGGUCACGGACUGUCUACGCUCGUUUGCGGAGAGGUUAGAUGAGCUCGGUGGAGUUCUGGAGAGGAUGUACGAAAGCUGUGAUCCACAUGUCUUCUAUCACCGCAUCCGCCCCUACCUUGCAGGGAGCAAGAAUAUGGCCGAAGCUGGGCUUCCAAAUGGGGUAAUGUUCGACGAUGGGACAGGGGAACAGCCUUACGUUCAGUUCAGUGGGGGGAGCAAUGCGCAAAGCUCUAUCAUCCAGUUCUUCGAUAUUGUUCUUGGGGUUGAGCAUCGGCCUACUGGCGAAAAGCGUACCGAUAGCUUGGACUCCGAAGGCCCGAUACCACCGCCUUCCAACAACUUCAUCCUGGACAUGCGGAAAUACAUGCCUGGCCCUCAUCGAAGGUUUCUAGAGCACAUUGAAAGCGUCUCGAACAUCCGAGAGUAUGUAGCCGUCAAUCGCUCGAAUCGUGCUUUGGUGACGGCUUUCGAUGCCUGCUUAGCAAUGCUUCGAACCUUCCGAGACAAGCACAUCCAGAUGGUAUCGCGAUACAUCAUUGUCAAAUCCCGUGAAUCGCGGUCUCAUUCCCGAUCGUUGAGCCCUAAGCAAGCUGCUGCGCAGAGAAUCAAUAUUGCAAACACCUUAGAUCGGACUAGCGGGAGGAAGCUUCGCGGAACCGGUGGUACGGCACUGAUCCCAUUCCUCAAACAGGCUCGCGACGAGACGGGCGAACCCGCCAUCGAUGCCUGGGCACGACGUUUGCUCAACAAUGGUCCAGCUGAGUUCAACAACGAUGGCGUUGCGAGGCUUACAAAGAUGAAUGAGCAUACUAAUGGCGAAGUGGAGAUCGUUGGACUUGCGGGUACAUGGUCGGUGGAUGACAGUGAGGGAGGUAUAUGCCAUUGGUAG